AUGCCUCCAGCCGCUACGGCGAAGCGGGUGUUUUGUAUCAUCUGCACAUCUGAAAAGGGCAAUGCUAUGGCUGACUCUGGAGGGAAGACAGCAAUUGGGUCUCGAACUCACCCUAACCCCGAAGUCCUGCCGGACCCCGAUCUCGACUCCGAUCCCGACACCCAUCGCUUCGGCUCUUGUGAUUCUGAUCCUGAUCCUGAUCCUGAUAUGACACCCAUAGCUUUGGCGGUACGGUAUAUGGUGGCUUGUCGUAUGACAUGUAUGCUUCAAGGGUGGCUUGCUUGUACGAUGGAAGCAAUCCAAGAGUUCAGGCUCGAAGAAGACGGUCAUGUCUUGAAUGCCUCGAAUUUAUUUAUACUCGGGCCUUCGAUCAACAAUUUUUGCUUAAAUACUGGGAAACUCAGUUACAAACAACCAAAUCUCACUUUAAACAGCAAUGUCUGA